AUGAAGGUUACUGCGGGAUUGGCCUUUGGGGCCUUGACUGUGCUGUCGUCUGUUGUUGCUGCUGCUGAGGCCAGCGACUACCACACUACCACUGUGACGACGACCCACGGAACCCACAAGUACGGCAAGUUCAACAAGACUCACCGUUCUGAGGAGCCAAAGAACACUGGUACCCACAAGUACGGUAAGUUCAACAAGACCCAUCGUUCUCAGGAGCCAAAGUCUACUGGAACUCACAAGUACGGUAAGUUCAACAAGACCCAUCGUUCUCAGGAGCCAAAGUCUACUGGUACCCAUAAGUACGGCAAGUUCAACAAGACUCACCGUUCCCAGGAGCCAAAGACCACUGGUACCCACAAGUACGGAAAGUUCAACAAGACGCACCGUUCUCAGGAGCCAAAGACUACUGGUACCCACAAGUACGGAAAGUUCAACAAGACCCACAACCCUACCUCGACCGUUUACGAGAAGGCUGCCACUGCGAACGCUGCUCCAGCCGGCUUCGACGGUGCCCAAAAGUUGAUGGGUUUGACCGGCGGUUCCGCCGCUGUUCUUGGUGCCCUCAUGCUAUUGUGA